CAGAGCUCUCCCAUCUCAGUCGUUCCCCAAUCGAGGGCCCGAGCAUCCGAACCACGGGCGGAAGCCUCUGUCACCCGGUUCUUGGGAUGCUCGAUGGGCGCCGAACACCAUCGAGCUUCCUCCAAAUCCAACACAACAAGGCAUGCCGCGGCCAAGACCCUGGAGCUUCCGACGAGGUGGUCCCCCUUUGCGGCUCCGUGUUUCUGUCUCCACCACGGCCGACACUCAGGCGGUAUUGAAAAGGGCGUCGACCCUCUCUCUCUUUGCUCCGGUCCUGUCGUGCAGUGCCUGUCUCUCUCGUACCACACUGCCCCCGAUCGCCACCGCCUUGUGUCCCAAGGGAGGAGAACAUCUUGCGGUGAGCCUCCGACGGCAAAAUGUCUCACUUCUUGCAUCCCCAAGGGAGCAACGAGCCUCUCUUUCUCGCUCUCUCUGUCUCUUUCUUUCUCCCAACCCGUCUAGCCUGCUUCAACCUAGGCCGUAGCUCUCUGCGAUACUUGUCCUGAAGCCCGCUGCGGCACCGUGUAGCAAGUCGCUACUUUCUCCUCUUGUCUCUUGCUAACAAUCCACGCACAACAGUCACCACCCGCGAGAGACGAGAUGAUGCUGGGGCCGAGACGGCGUCGACCGAAAUAGCUGUCUGCCGUCCGAAAGCACCAGCCAUCAAAUCAACCUGGAACAUAGCUCCCGGUAAGCUUCGUACUCGAGGUACGUAAGUUGCACUACGGGGCAGCACUCCGACCGUGGUACCUGUCCAGUCGUCCCGAAGGUGGGGGUGGAAACGUCGCUGCGGUUGCUACUAUUACCGGCGGUGCACACACUUUACAUCCAUCCAAGACCGGAAGCGGACGGGAGGGGAGGGGAGUGGAGGGGAGGUCGAGACCGCAGCUGAUAUGCAGAUAGUACGACUCGUACCUGAACCCAAAAUCAAAGUCUCUCCCUCCUCUCUGGAAUCUCCCUUGGGUCGCAGCACCUGCCACGCCGAACCCCAGAUAAAUAAUCCGUCUCACACCUUCCCUUUCCCAGAGACCGGCGCCUUGUCUUACAAAUUACUCUAUUUGACCCUUUCUUCUUCCGCCCCCUCCCCCUUCUGUAUCUUUCCAUCUCACUCAGCUGCGUCUUCUCCCUUGCCAGCUAUCUCCCACCCAUAUAAGACCUCUCCGCCCGACUAUAUCUCUACCGAUACACGACUCGCAACUUACACCAUCCCAGCUCAGCCGAAACCUUACAGAGAGUCCCGCCCAAGCCCCCUCUUCAACGGCGGCCCGACAUCGAAAUCAAUAAUUGGAAAAGGACACAAUCUCCAACAACCCCAACUUCAACAACAUCAACAGCAUCGGCAUCAUCAGCAGCCAUCGUCACAAUGGCCUCCAACGGACACUCUGCGAACCGCUUCCUGAUCUGGGGUGGCAAGGGUUGGGUUGCGAACCACCUCAAGGAGCUCCUCGAGAAGGACGGCAAGGAGGUCUACACCACUACCGUCCGCAUGGAGGACCGCGAGGGCGUCCUCGCCGAGCUCGACAAGGUCAAACCCACCCACGUCCUCAACUGCGCCGGCUGCACGGGCCGUCCCAACGUCGACUGGUGCGAGGACAACAAGGAGGCGACGAUGCGCUCCAACGUCAUCGGCACCCUGAACCUCACCGAUGCCUGCUACCUCAAGGGCAUCCACUGCACAGUCUUCGCCACCGGCUGCAUUUACCAGUACGACGAUGCCCACCCCAUUGGCGGCGCCGGCUACCUCGAGACCGACCCUGCCAACUUCAAGGGCAGCUUCUACUCUGACACUAAGGGCCACGUCGAGGAGGUCAUGAAGCACUACACCAACUGCCUCAUCCUCCGCCUGCGCAUGCCCGUCAGCGACGACCUGCACUCGCGCAACUUUGUUACCAAGAUCGCCAAGUAUGACCGGGUCGUCGACAUCCCUAAUAGCAACACGAUUCUUCACGACCUCCUGCCCGCUUCGAUCCUCAUGGCCGAGCACAAGGACACGGGCAUCUACAACUUCACCAAUCCGGGCGCCAUCUCGCACAACGAGGUGCUCUCCCUGUUCAAGGAGAUUGUGCGCCCCAGCUUCACGUGGAAGAACUUCUCACUCGAGGAGCAGGCCAAGGUCAUCAAGGCCGGCCGUAGCAACUGCAAGCUCGACACGACGAAGCUGGAGAAGAAGCUCAAGGAGUACAACUACACGGUGCCUGAGAUCCACGAGGCGUACCGCGGCUGCUUCGAGCGUAUGAAGGCCAACGGUGUCGAGUAGAUUGACUGAGGCGAGGUCGCGUUCGCCGUAUAUGGGAAAUGGUGGAUGUAGAGCAGAAAUAGGAGGUGGGGGGGAAACAAACCAAAAGACAGAAGAGCCUAUCAGGUUGCUAAUCGAAAUGCGAAGCAGUUGAAAGAAAAGCAUGAAUUUGAAUGCCGAAAUGCCGUGGGUUGAUGUCAGGUGCUAAUGUCAAGCGCCGAAGAGUGUGCUACCUGUGUGAGUCGAGUCGGUGACCCGGUGCAGCCAGUGUGGAGCUCAUUCAUCUCGGCGUUGUCCGGUGUGUUGAGCUGAGAAG